CUGUACUAGGAAGUCAUAAGUUGCUCAAGGAAAAUAUUAUAUAUUUCACUUUAAUAAACUGUAUGUUAUGGUUCAUCUUCCACACAGCCCUGAAAAUGCAGAUGGGUUUCAUAUCUUUGCUUUGUUUGGUUUCUAUUUUGCUUAUAAACACUGGUGUUACUAGAGCAACUAUAUGUUAUGACACAGGGAAUUUCACGAGUAAUAGCACCUAUGAGAAGAACAGGAAUCUGAUUCUCUCAUCUCUUGCUUCUAAUGUCACUCUCCAUGAUGGUUUCUUUUAUACUUCAAGUAUUGGCGAAGAGCCGGACAUAGUUUAUGCUCUUGUGAAUUGUAGAGGAGAUUCUUCUGCAGAACAGUGUGCUAGUUGUGUUAGUUCUGCAGCUAAAGAUAUUGUGAAGACAUGUUUGAACCAGAAAGAAGCAGUGGCAUGGGGAGGGAGUCCUCAAUGCAUUGUGCGCUAUUCAAACCGCUCUUUUUUUGGCAAAAUGGCUGCGGAUCCUAUGGCUGGGGGCAGUUAUGAGAAUAAUAUGACCGUAAACAUGACACAGUUUGAUCAGAGUUGGGAGAAUUUGAUGAACCGGUUGUUGAGAGAAGCUGCAGCUGGGGCUAAUAAUUCUACAAGUAAGUUUGCAAUUGGGGAGGAAAGUGUGACAAGCUUUGUGAAGAUUUAUGCACUCAUGCAGUGUACUCCAGAUAUUUCACAGAGUGAUUGUGAGGAUUGUCUUGGUCAAUCUGUGGGUUUCUAUGAGAGUCACUACCAUGGGAAGCCUGGCUGCCUUAUUAUGAGACCUAGUUGUAUGUAUAUCUGGGAAUUCGAUCGUUUCUAUAACGCCACUCUUGUUCCUACAUCUUCUCAGCCGCCGCCGUCGCUUCCUUCUCCGCGGCUAGUUAUUGCAAAAGGCAAAGGAGGCAUUACAUCUAGAACUGCUAUAAUCAUUGUUUCUUCUGUAGUUGUUAUCAUUAUAGCACUUGUUGUGUUCACUUGUGUCCUUGUUAGACAAAGGAGAAAGACAAAGCAGGAGAUCAUAAAUAAGCAGGAGACAGAAGAUGUUGAUAAUGUGGAAUCCUUGCAAUUCGACUUCGGUACUAUCAGAGCUGCAACAAAUAACUUCUCAAAUGAUACAAAGCUAGGACAAGGGGGAUUUGGUGUUGUUUACAAGGGUAGGCUUCCUGAUGGACAGGACAUAGCUGUGAAGAGGCUGUCUAAGGAAUCAGGACAAGGAGAAUUAGAAUUUAAAAAUGAGGUCCUCUUAGUGGCCAAGCUUCAACAUAGGAACUUGGUUAGACUUCUAGGUUUCUGUUUGGAAGGAAAUGAAAGGCUUCUCAUCUAUGAGCUUGUGCCCAAUUCAAGUCUAGAUAACUUUAUAUUUGAUCCAAUAAAGCGUUUAUUAUUGGAUUGGGAGACUCGAUACAAAAUCAUAGGGGGCAUAGCCCGAGGACUUCUUUAACUUCAUGAAGAUUCCAGGUUUCGAGUCAUUCAUCGUGAUCUAAAAGCUAGUAAUAUUCUUCUAGAUGUCGACAUGGCUCCGAAAAUUUCAGAUUUUGGAAUGGCGAAAUUGUUUGAAAUCGAUCAAACUCAUGGCGAUACAAGUAGAGUCGUCGGGACCUUUGGGUAUAUGGCUCCAGAGUAUCUAAAGCAUGGACAAUUCUCAGUCAAGUCCGAUGUUUUUAGCUUUGGUGUAUUAGUCCUGGAAAUCAUCUGUGGUCAAAAAAAUAGUUCUUUUCAUGAUGGAGAACAAGUAGAAGAUCUAUUAACCUUUGCAUGGAGAAAUUGGAAUGAAGGGACGGCUUUGAAUCUGAUAGAUCCUAAUCUAAGAGUUGGUUCAAGCAGUGAAAUGAUGAGAUGAAUUCGCAUUGGGUUGCUUUGUGUUCAAGAAAAUGUAGCCAAUAGACCUACAAUGGCUUCAGUUGUUCUAAUGCUCACCAGCUGCUCUAUGUCUCUCCCAGUUCCCUCAAAACCUGCAUUUUUUAUGCAAUCUAACUCGAAGGAAUAUGAUUCGGAAUCACCUAUGUUGGAUCAUAAUGGGAAUUAUGUUCAACCUUCGUUGAAUGAGGUUUCAAUUACCGAGCUAGAAGGUCGUUAACAUGUUUUCAACUCUCAUGUCUUGAUGUAAAAGUUGAUAGUUCAUGAGAUUUUGUCCUUUAACGGUAGCGAGAGGUAAAGUUCAGAUUUUGAAAAAUCAGGAUGUCUGCAGGAAAAAUAGAUUGUUUGUAUGUAUAAAAUGUCUUGAGAACAAACGUUAUUGAAAUCAGAUUGGAUCUUCCUAAACACACAAUAGUCCACUAUUUUCUCACAUCGAAGACAGCAAGAAUUUGUCCUUUUUAGUGUUAAUCCACACGGGUAAAAAAAAUUGGAAUGAAGAAAGUUUUGUUUAUUGACCAUCUGGAAAA